CACGCACACACACACACACGCACUCUAAACGGGCGCAGCUUUGUCAAUGACCGUAUAUCUACUGAGAGGAUUAAUGCAGCCUAAAGGUGGAGCAAAAAUUGUGAAGGUUUGCGGCGGACGGCAGAGUAAUCCUUUGAGCUCCCGGGGAGACACACAGACAGAGAGAGAGAGAGAGGGAUGGAAAUGUUGAACUCUUUGCUCUCAGAUUUGGCGCAUUCUUUGUGAGGAACUGAUGUGCUGAAGGACAUUUUCCCCCCAAUAAAGAAAGGGACGUUUGAUCAAGACUAUUUAAUGGCAAUAUUUGAGACAGAGCUGCUCAUCCUCAGGGAACAGAAAUGGUGCACCAACUUCUGCUGCCCAUCGCUUUAGCAGCAAGCCUCAUCUCACCUGACCUGCCAGGAUCCUCAGCUACCAAAACAAAAAUUCAAGUGAAGAACAACUCGGGUGUGACACCAGCUGGGCAGUGUGGGACCUGGGUAAAGGAGCCCGAGGGAGGGUAUUUCACCUCACCCAACUACCCUGAGAAAUACCCGCCUGAGAGGGAAUGUGUCUACAUUAUAGAAGCCGCUCCCCGACAGUGCAUCGACUUGUUUUUCGAUGACAAGUAUUCCAUCGAGCCAUCCUGGGAGUGCAAGUUCGACCACAUCGAGGUCCGCGAUGGGCCCUUUGGUUUCUCUCCCAUCAUCGGUCGCUUCUGUGGGCAGGAAAGCCCAGAUUAUGUCCGCUCCAGUGGGAGGUACCUGUACAUCAAGUUUGUGGCGGAUGGUGAACUGGAGGCCCUCGGUUUCUCUGCCCGGUAUAACUUCACACAAGAUCCAGAGUUCAUGGGACAGGGGGACCUGCCAGCUCUGCCAUUUUGUGAGUUUGAGCUGAGCGGUCCGGAAGGCUUUGUAGAAUCCGCCCAGAUAGCCGGGGAGGGCCGGGCGCUGCAGACGGAGGCCGUAGACUGCAGGUGGUUCAUCAAGGCUCCACCAAGAGCUAGGAUCUAUAUGCGCUUUCUGGAGUACGAGAUGCACAACUCGAAUGAGUGCAAGCGUAACUUCGUUGCCAUCUACGACGGCAGCAGUUCGGUCGAGCACCUGAAGAAUAAGUUCUGCUCCACGGUGGCCAACGACGUCAUGCUGGUGUCCUCUGUGGGCGUUGUGAGACUGUGGGCGGAUGAGGGAAGCAGGAAGAGCAAAUUCAGGAUCCUCUUUACAACUUUCCACGAGCCUCCGUGUGAAGCAGAAACUUUCUUUUGCCACAGCAACAUGUGCAUCAACCACACCCUGGUCUGCAACGGUAUCCAGAACUGUGUUUACCCAUGGGACGAGAAUCACUGCAAAGAGAAGAGGAAAGCCAGUAUCCUGGACUCGCUGGACAACACUAACCUCACUAUCAUUGGAGUAACCUGUGGCCUGGUCGUCAUCCUGCUCGUCAUCUCUGUCAUCAUCCAGGUCAAACAGCCUCGCAAGAAAUACAUCAUCCGCAGAGAUGACUUUGACCCUGCCCUCCUCCACCCCGGGUUUGAGCCUCCUCAUUACGAGCUCUGCACUCUGCGCCGCGCCACCUCCGGCGACCUGAAUGAUGCCGCCAUGGCCGAGGACUUUGACAAGUUCCGCUCCCCCUCCUCCAAAUGCAUCCGCGACCACCACUGCGGCUCUUACCAUGGCAGCAUGCAUGGAAGUGUCCACGGUAGCCGUAGCAACCUGAGCAUGAGGGAUGCCACCAUCUCGGCCGACGGGGGGGCUCUCGUGCCGCCGCUGCCGCCGGUGAUGGUGAGCCAGCAGUCGCCGCGCCUCUCCCACCACACAGCACCAGCAAGUCGAAGGAGCAUCCUGGUGAUGAAGCAUAGCUAUUCACAGGACGGGCCGGAGGGGUACGGGGCGGAGGAGGAGGAGGAUGAUUUGAUGGUGGAGGAUUGUCCCACCACCAGCCAGCACCACAUGCACCACCAUCAGAUCCACCAUGGCAUGCCAGGGCUGGACCACACUGUCCACCGCACACUAUCUAAUGACUUCUGAUGUUAGGAGACAUGUAAAUAAAGAAAAUGGUAAAAAGAGAUCAUCACCUUUAAGGGAACAGUGUGUAACAAUUAGGGGCAUCUAUUGGCAGAAAUAGAAUAUAAUAUUAAUAUGUUUUCUUUAGUGUAUAA